UUUUCCUAUCAGGAAGUUUAAAUGAAGGAGAGGAAAUAUGGAGUUAUUUGAUAAAUUGGAAGGUCUUCUUAAAUCAUUAACCGGGAAAGUCUGUACCGAAAAGAAUAUUGAUCAAGCACUAGAGCUACUUGAUGCCAUCAAAGGCUAUACGAAAACUCAGGAAAAUAAAGGAAUCGUUCGUCGUGUCGACGUGAAUGAUCUAGAUAAAAAAUGGGCAGAGAUUGGGUCUGGACAUUUUGGAUGUGUAUAUACCAGCAGAUAUGGGGGAUCAAAGGUUGCUGUUAAAAUAUUUAAAGAAGAAUCAAAAUCACAAAUUCGAGAGGGAAAGAUACUGCAGGACUUGAGCCAUGAAAAUAUAAUAGCAUAUCGAGGAUAUGGGUAUAUAUCACAAACAAAAUCGCAAGAAAUGAAUAUACGAGUAAGUGACGGAAACACAAGUGAAAUAAUGUUUCUGGUUAUGGAGUAUAUAGAUCAAAACCUAUUAAAGUAUGUCGAUGGGAUGAGAGUUCAUGAAAGGAAAGGACUUCGCUACGAUAUGGUUUGGAAUAUUGGACAGCAGAUCAUUAGUGCAUUGAACUAUCUCCAUAACCUGAACAUCGCUCAUCGCGAUCUUAAACCGGAUAAUAUUCUUCUGGAGGUUGGCCCGAGGAGAGUCGUCGUAAAACUGGCAGACUUUGGUCUGGCAACACACGGUAAUGAAAUCAACACCAAUCCUCCACGAGAUAAGAGGAUGUCAUCGGGGAUGAGCGGGUCCAUAGCCAGUUCCAGCGUUGCACAUGUAAGAUGGGGUGCACCUGAAGUAUUAGGUCGUAAAUGGUCAUUGGAAGAUUAUAAAAAGGCGGACAUAUAUUGCUUCAAGAAUGUAUUGACAUUCAUGUUGAAUGGUGAACGACCUUAUGAUACAAUGUCGACGAAUACGCUUGCUGACUUUACAAAUCAGCAAGCAAGCAUUCCAUUUCCUCAUUUGCCUAAAACUCUAGCUGGUCCAUUGAAAAAUGUGAUUUCAAAGUGUCAUCAAGAGAUUCCAAAUUUGAGGCCAACAGCGGAAAUAAUUUUGAAAGAUUUCUUCAGUUUGGAAAAUAAUCCCUAUCUACUACCUACUGAUCCGAAGACCGAAGCCGAAUUCUUUAGUUGGGGCUUCAUGGAUAAGACUGAUAUAUUUGUUGCUGACUCGUGUACUGACAAAGAAGCGUCACAAAUCGGUUUCUAUGAAUCUGGAAUGAGACCAACUGGAUACGACCAUUCGGAUUUGAAAUGUCUCAUUGAAGUGGAAAAGGCUCCAUAUCGAGACAGACCAGAUGAGUGGUAUCUUGAGGAAGAUUAUAUAGAUAAUCUGGACGAAUUUAUGACAAUGGCAAGGAAAAAAGUAAUAGACAACAAUCCUACUGUAGCUUUGAAGGGAUUGGCAUUUGCAAGACCCGGUGAAGAAGAAAACCAACUAAUUGAAUUCAAAUUCAAAGAGUCUGAAUAUAUUCAUCAUAGGGCUAUGAGAAAGAUAUGGAUUGAUUUUUCAAAUCAGCAAAAGAUUGAGGAACUUCCCUCAAAGGCGGACGUGCAUCCAUAUUUUAGUAACACGUUUGGUCUGCAUGUUGCAGUCCUUACAAAUGAAGGUCCCGGUAAACCUCAAAAGUUUUUAUUUCCACGUCGUGUUCAAAGAGAAGGAAUGGCUGCGCCAGGAAAAUUCACUUGUGGAGCCGUCGAAAGUGCAUCUAAACCGGACUACAAGAUACACAACGGUGAAACGUAUGUUGACUUAGUCAAUACUGCAGCACGCGGACUGAAAGAGGAACUUGGGCUCGAACUUUCAGGAAGUGACUUAGAUGCUAUUUGUUUGACAACAGUUUACUUGAAAUUCGACACUCAUGAAUGGGGAUUAUGUGGUUUUGUAGAUUUAACAGAUGAAAGAAUAGAUGCAAAGCAUAGAAUAAGUGCCAAUAGUUUGAAAGAUAUAUUUAGCACUGGACCGAAAGACAAAUUUGAACACCAAACACUGACGUUUAUAGAUUUUGAUUUAAAAACAAUGGUUGAAUUCGUUUUCAAUAACCAUGAAAACUUCGCAAGCUCUGCAAAACUUGUAGUUGUGAAAGUUUUGCAAGCCUUCUAUGGGUGGCAACGAGUACAACAAGAGUUUGAAAUUAUGCGCCAUGGGAAAUAGAACUUUUGAUUUAAUUGUGUAUAUUUUAAUAUAUUUCGUUUCAAAGUAUACUCCAAUAUCUUUUAAAAUCUUUUAACACUCUCUCUGAUUUUAGUUGAAUAUUAAAUAAAAUAAAUUGUUAACUGUCA